GGGUUAAGUGGGUAAAUCUGCGGUCACACUGAUCGACAUUUGCAGCGCUUAAGAAAUAUGGCGAGUCUUGGGGGCCAACACGAAAAUUAUUCGAAUAAUCCAGAAGUGGAACACACAUCUAAACGAGCCGAAAGCCGCGAGGGCAGCGCCGAGCGAAAAGCACCACGGCCACAUACUGGGCCGACAGCCCACGCACCCGUACCCGCACUCACAUCCACCGCACCUGCCGCCGCCGCCGCCGCCACCAUGCCAGCGGAGAUCUCAAGCUGCAGCCCCGGCAACAGUCUGCACUGGUUUGCUCAGGUGGGCGGCAGCAGCAGCAACGAAGAUGACUCUCAAGUGUCCAAAGAUCGAGAGGAGAAGCUGAAAUAUGCACGCGACCGCCAGAAUGAGGAGAGACAGAAAAAGAUCGAGGAGCUGAGGGCCCAGGCAGAGGCGGCCCAAAGGUAUCGCGAACAAAAGGAGGAGGAACGGCGGCGACGCAUCGAGGAGAUACGCGUCCGCGACACAGAGAAACGCCACCAGGUGGAGGAGCGCAAAAAGGCCAUCAUUGAGGCCGAGAAGGAGCGUCGCGAGUACAUACUUAAGAAGAAUCAGGAACGUGAAUCCCGAAUAGAGGUUAAGAGGAGGGACAGAAACUCAAUUGGUUUUGCUUUUGGCUCGUCGACGCCCCGUCUGUUGGAUGUGCCUGCGGAUUAUGGUCUUGUUUCGCCCAGUGCCUUUUGGGGUCAGCGAAGAUCUACAUCGAUAUCGAACGUAGCGGGCGCCUCGCUCACACGUCGAAGUUCCGAGCGAGAACUUGCCGACAGUGGUGCUAAGAAGCGUGCCUCCUCCUCCACGGACAGACACGAUGAUCAUCGCCGAAAGUCUUCGUCCAUGUAUGAGGUGUUCAAUUGGGGCUAUUCCAAUGAUGAGCCGCCCAAACGGUUCUCCCUGUCCAUAGCCGGUGGCGACAUCAAUAUCGAUGGGCCGCCCACUAGCAAACAAACAGCGCACAGACCCCAUACGACAACAACAGCAACAGCAACAAGCACCACAGCUGCAAGCCAUCACAACAACAACAACAACUUCCAUAACUCGUAUCGUAAGGAAGAUAGCGUUGACACAUCACCCAUCGUGUUCCGAAGCGUUUACCGCAGGAAAACGGACCUCAUGCCGACAAUACCCAGCCCCCGAGACGGGCAUUACGGCUCGCGCAGCUCCCUGAGCACCACGCCAGCCAGAACCCCAGGACGGGCCUACUCCAUGAACCGCUUGGACCAGCUGGCCCAGCCCAUACGCCGCAACGGGGAGCAUGUCCGAGCCAUACUGGAGCGGGAGCGGCGCGAGAGCGAACUGGAGAUGCUCGAUGAGACGGCCUCGCUGGGGGGCGUGGGUCGGCGCAUUCAUGCCGCCGGCUCCACGGCACGCUCUCGGCGGGCAGGCAGCGCCGGCAGCGGCAGUUCGAGUGCCACCGGCAUCAUGUCCCGGAGCAUGACCCACCUGGCAGGUGGUGGCAGUGUCGGUGGGCAGCGGGACCGGGAUCGUGGAAAGUAUUCGCUGGGCGGCGGCAUCUCGACCAGCUUCCGGCCGUUGGGCAGUGCCGGUCAGCGUGACUCCAGUAAGAGCAUGACACAGAUAAGCAACCACAUUUCGUGGUCGGCAUAUGGCACUACACCACCACCACCCCACAACCACCACAACCAGCACCGACAGUCCACACUUGGCUUGCAAACUGCAGCAACUAAAAAAUAUCUUCAAUCAUCAUUUGCCUCAUCCUCCGCAUCCUACUCCUACUCGAACGCCUCGACCAGGCGGCCAGGCCAUGGCCAUGGCCACCAGCAGCAGCAAUAUGCGACUUCUACUAACCCCUACCACCGUUGUCUCGAUUUCGAUCCCAACUCAUUGUUGCUCAUGAACUCUUCUAGUUUGUUAGUGAAUGCAGGCUCGCGAUCGGGAAAUGCCACGCCAGGCGGACACUAUAACAACUCAAGGCCCGGCAGCGCCAUGUCCACCUCGACGACUAUGUCCACGUCUGGCCUUGUGCCCAGGCGGCCGGCAACGGCGCCACGCAAGCCCAGGCCGGCCAGCAUUGCCGGCACCGGCAUGUCCCUAGAAGAGAUCAACAAACUGAAGAAGGAUCACAAGCCGCCUGUGAAGACAACAGCAGCCGCCUCACCAUCCGCACAAACGACCCCCAAACGAACUGCAAACCUAAUGUCCACCUCCCUGAUCGUGACCUCCAGCUCAUCUCGAUUGAACAGUGCCGAGAAGAAGACGCCUUCGAAAAGGGAACCCUUGGUGCCGAAGGCGGCAUCUGCUUCCAAGGCUCUGUCGAGUCGCACUGCCAGCUCGGAGCGUAUUAGCAGGAUCAGCAGCAAGGAGCCGAAAACCAAGGAUACCUCUGCCAUGAGCAGGUCCAUGAUUGUGGCCAGCAGCAGCAACAGCAGCACCUCCACAACUACCACCACAAAAGUGGCCUCAGCAGCGCCUGCUCCUGCUCCAGCCCCAGCCCCAGCUCCAGCUCCAGUUACAGUUCCCGAGCUCCAAAACGGGGUGGCCAAGGAGGCAGAAAAGACUCACGCAGAGGUGCCAGUUCCUACGGAUGUGGCCGCCCCUGCUCUCGCUGUAAGCAAGGCGGAAAAGGAGGCACUAAACUCCGUUAAGACGGAGGAGGUUUCCAGGCAGGAGGAGGAACAGAAUGUGCUCGUGCAGGUGCCGCCCGAGGCCCUGGUUAGCUCUGUGAAUGUGGAGGAAAAGGCCGACGAGGGCACUGAGAAGGAGGAGCUGCCCAGGCAACCGCUGGAGCCUCAAGCUGCCCCCAAGAAGCCGUCGCGCAGCAAGGAGAACUCUGAGGUGCGCGAGCUGACUCCGCCAGCAGCGAACUCCGGCGGCGAUGGCUCUGACUUGAUGACCGCAUCGAUGAUGGCCAAGAAGAUCACGACCGAGGAGCAGGCCAAGGCCGCCCUGGCCGAAAGACGACGACUGGCCCGCGAGGAGGCCGAACGACAGGCGGAAUUAGAGCGCCAACGACUCGAAGCCGAACGCCUGGCCGAAAUCAAGGCCCAGGAGGAGGAAGCCGAACGCCAACGUCUGUUCGAGGAGGAGUCCACACGCAUGGCCGAGGAACAGAGGCGCGGCGAGGAGGAGCGUCUGCGCAUCGCAAUCGAGGAAGCCCAACAGCGGGAGGAGGAGGAGCAGCGCAAACGCGAGGAGGAGGAAAAACAGCGCGUGGAGCGCGAGGAGGCCGAAAAGAAGGCCAAGGAGGAGGCAGAAAAGCAGCGUGUCGAGGUGGCCGAGCGCCUCAAGCGCGAGGAGAAGGAGCGUGAAGAGCGACGCAAGCGCGUCGAAGCGAUUAUGUCACGCACCCGCAAGGCCGGAGCCGCGGCUACUCCCUCUAAGGAAUCCAACGAUAAGGCAGCCCCCGCGGCUGCAACGGAGACAACCCCCGCUGAUGGCAGCAGCAGCAGCGACAGCAACAGCGUCAGCGGUAGCAGCAACAACUCUGCCGGUGGAUCGCCCAGCACUGCAAUGGCCACAGUGACAGUGGCCGGCUCGGAGGCACCUCCCAACAGCCAACAGGCGAUGUAUGAGCAAUCGGUGCUAGACAAGGAGAACUCGCUGAUCAACAGCUUCUCCACAAUGAUCAUUGACGAGAACGCCAAAAACCUGCAGCAGCAUCAGCAGGUGAGCAACGGCAAGCUGCUGGCGGACUUUGAUGGCAGCAGCAACACCACCACCACAGCGGUGGCCAACGGCAAUGGUGGCCAUUUCGAGAAUGUGAACAACAAGAACGACAUCAAUCUGCUGCAGGAUGCCGUCACUCCGGCCGCCACGCAGCUGAUCGACCUGAGCAUCGAGUCACAAGAUCUACACCUGAACAACAAUAACAGCUUGCUGACGAGCACAGCGGCAACCACCACGCUAGUCACUGCUGAUAGUCACGAGAAUAAAGAUAUAUCGUUGCUGUGAAUUGGAUGAGGAAACCAAAACCUGAUUGUUUUCUAAACCUAAAUCUUGAUAUAGCUAAAUGUGUGUGGAGUUGGGAGUAUUUAUUCAUAGGAAGAGAUCUAUAUAGGAAUGCGACAAAUUAUGGUUACUACUGAAAACAGGAAAACAUAAAAGCUUAUAAAAACCUAUAUAUAUAUAUAAAUAUAUAUAUAUAUAUAAACAUACAUACAUUAUAUAGAUAGAAGGAGAAUCAGAAUGGAGAGCAUGUGAGUGAAGAAUGAUUAAGAAAUGUGGAGCAGCUGCACGUAAAUCUAGUUAAGAACUAAGACAACCCCUAAAAGAGAUCUGAAAAGAGCAAAGAGAGAGAGUAUAUAUGUAUGUGAGAAAGAGAAGAGGGAACCUCCCCUCCAGUCCCCGCCCCCAGAGUUCGGGGAUCGAUCGUUUGCGAAGCAAUUCAAUAUCAAAGAAAUCUGUUUGUGAAGCACUACAGCUAAGGCUAAGGAUAAAGGAUAACGAAAAUGAACAUUUGAUGCAAUUUCCGAUUCGUUUCGAGCUAAUUUAAUUACGAAAUCGCUUCAAAAGUCGCAAGUGCAUGCUUACACCGGAGUAUAACUUGAGCAGAGACGCCGACGGGCAGCGUAUAUAAUUGCAAAUUAUAUAACAAAUUAGUAGACAAAACACUAGUUUAAACAACUAUGCGAGAUUCCCCGAGCGAGCAAAACGAAGAUGCGGCAUACAGACACAGACAGGGUACGGUUUAUGCGGUGUACGCCACACAGAGAGUAAGCCCCAAGAUCACCAAGGCCCCCAUGCAAUACAUACCACUGCUCAUAUGAAGGAGAGGCCCCUCCCUUCCCGCCGCAAUUUUUUUUUUGCCCUACGUUUGCACAGUUGUUCUGUAAGUUAAGUUUAUUACACGUUGAGCCAACGAAUCGUGCGGUAUUAUUUAUUACAAACUAACAAAACAAAAAACAUAGAGAAACAACAAAUUCAAUUGAAAUUAUUUGCUGAUACUGUUUUGUAGGCAAUCCAUCCCCAUAUGGAUCCGUCAAUCAGAUAUAUAGGUAGUCUAUAACACACACACCACACCCCACACACAAGAUAUAUAAACACUGUAAUCAGAGAUAUCAGUGCUUGAUAUACCAACACACACACACACACACACACACACGCCUAGGUCUAAUGGAAUGAGGAGGGAGUCCUGUACGAUGUUGUACUAUUUUUUGUAGUAGGAGUCGAAAAUCUGAUUAUGCUUAUGUCACCCUUUUUUAUUAUAGUAAAAGUUCUCUGUAUAUUAUCUAUUUUGCGUCUACGUAUAUAUUUUUUGGUAUCACAUUUUUUUAUAUAUACACAUUUAUAUUUGUAAUUGUAUUUAUCCAUGUGCAAAAAUAAAUUAUGAUUAUUUUUUAAAGAGUC